UAUGUACAUACACUGAGCCUUCGUUGCCUUGGGCCUUGGGAUGGUCGCCUUCCGCAUGUUCUCAUUCCUUUUGGUACACGGAAGCUUUCAUCAUGACUUCAACCAAUGGGCACUCCAACGGUAUUCGAACCUCUGGUGACGCCAAACAAAAGCCUAACCAAGAGGAGGAGAUACUCCCUUCCUUCACGCCCAGCUUUCUGGAGCGCAUCGGCAUUGGCGCCUUCAAACUCCUCAACAAGGCUGUACCUUGGUAUAAGCUCCCUGGCUUCAUCGGCGCAUUUAACCUGGCCUUCCUCCGCAUCGAGCUCCGGCAAUACAACCUGCAUGAUGGGUAUGCCUCCGCAGAAGCCCAGGGCAACGCGAAUGAUAACCCGCUACCGGAUGAACGGUACCGCGGAGCCCGCCACUCGGAUGGCAAGUUCAACUCCCUUGAGAUGCCCCUGAUGGGAUGCAGAGGCAUGCGUUUCGGCCGCAACUUUCCACGGCACCUGACCCAAAAGCCGACCGAGGAGGAGCUCUGGACGCCCAAUCCGCGCAUGAUCAGCGAGAAGUUUAUGGCGCGACGUGACGGACGGUUCAUCCCCGCUACGACGCUCAACAUGCUGGCCGCGGCUUGGAUUCAGUUCCAGAUCCAUGACUGGUUCAACCAUGUGCAGAGUGAAGAGAAAUUCAACGUACCUGCUCCAGAGGGUGGCGACUCGUGGCCGCAUCCCCACAUGGAGCUAUUCCGAACCAAGCCGGACGAAAUCCGAGACCCAUCCGACAUCAAGUGCCCCGGGUACAGAAACGAGAACACAGCUUGGUGGGACGGGUCGCAGAUCUACGGGUCCAGCGAGGAAGCCACUCAAGCUUUGCGCAAUCAGCUGCCGGAUGGCAAGCUUGCGCUCGAUGAGAUCGGUGCUGUUUCGUUUCUCCCGCGUGAUAAGGAUGGCAAUCCCCUUACCGGCUUCCACGACAACUGGUGGAUCGGCAUGGAGAUGUUACACACCCUUUUCGCGCUGGAGCACAACGCCAUUAGCGAUGCCCUAAAAGCGGCGUACCCGGACAUGACCGGGGACCAAAUCUUUGACAAAGCCCGCCUCGUCAACUGCGCUCUGAUGGCCAAGAUCCACACCGUCGAGUGGACGCCGGCCAUCCUCGCGCACCCGGCCCUCCAAAUCGGAAUGAACGCCAACUGGUGGGGUAUCGUGGGCGAGAGGCUGACCAAGAUGCUCGGCCGCAUCUCCAAGACCAGCGACAUCAUCAGCGGCAUCCCCGGCAGCGGCGCCGAGCAGGACGGCAUCCCGUAUUCGCUGACGGAGGAGUUUGUUUCCGUGUACCGGAUGCACUCGCUGAUCCCAGAUGACAUCGCCUUCCACUCAGCCACCACCGGCGCACACAUCCGCACCAUCCCCGUCGCCUCCAUGACCUUUUCCCAAGCACAAAAGCCCCUCCGCUCGCACACGCUCACCUUCCCCGACGCCUUCUACUCCUUCGGCACGUCCCACCCGGGCGCCAUCACCGCCAACAACUACCCCUCCUUCCUGCGCAACCUGCCCACGCCCGACGGGCAAACCCGCGACCUCGGCACGAUCGACAUCCUGCGCGACCGCGAGCGCGGCGUGCCGCGCUACUGCGCCUUCCGCCGGCUGCUGCGCAUGUCGGUGCCCACCACCUUUGAGGAGCUGACGGGUGGGGAUAAGGAGCGUGCGGAUGAGUUGAGGGAGGCGUAUGGAGGUGAUAUUGAGAUGGUGGAUGCGCUGGUGGGGUCGCAUGCCGAGCCGGUGAUUGAGGGGUUUGGGUUCUCCGAGACGGCGUUUAGGGUGUUUAUUGUCAUGGCGUCGAGGAGGUUGAAGAGUGAUCGGUUUAUUGCGGGGGCUGGGGAGUGGGGGGAGGGGACUUAUACUAAGGUUGGGUUCAGGUGGGUGCAGGAUAGUGGGAUGCGGGAUGUGUUGGGGAGGCAUUUUCCUGAGUUGAGGGCGACGUUGGAGAAGGGGGGUGGCAAGAAUGUGUUUGCGCCGUGGGUGAAGAUGGGGGAGCGUUAGUUGGGGGUGGGUUGGUGUGGUGUUUGCAUGUAUUAUUACUAUGGAACACGGUUAGGGUUUGUUGUUUUUCGUCGAGUGUUACGGAUAAUUUGGUAAGUUAUUUUGGGUACUAAUAGUACCUAUUUAACUUACACAGUGGUCAAGUCAAGUUAGAGCCACAAAGUUCACGCAUUUCCCCCGAG